CCGCCGUCGGCCCUGGGGCCACACCUGGGCCUUUUAAGAAGGAAGGACCCCCCGGGAAGUCCUCAGCUCCAAGUCAAAACAUCCUUUAGGACCGAGAGGCCCUGGCUGCCUGCGACUUGUGGGCUCCUGCUUCUAAGACCUUCCGGGAAAAGGACCGUUCUCAUCUGGGAUGUUUUUCCUUCUCCCACUUCUCACCUCAGGACACUGACGGUUACCUUGGGGCCUGUUCGUAAUGACUGCAAGUUGAAGUCACGCCACAGCUCUCUUUCCCAAACUGCUCAAAGCCGUGGACUGAGGGAAGAUGGAGCGACUCCCUGCUAGACUCAUCUUGAUCGUGGCCAUUUCCAACACACUUGAAGUGGGAUGCGUUGCUGGGUCCGACCGCCAUGCACUUGCACCAUCUAGACCAUCUCUGGGAGACCUGGCCCUCACGAUGGGCAGCCAUCGGUCCCAGGAGAAGGAGCCUGCCAUCCGUCUCCGUCCUCUGUCUUCCCAGUUUGUGCCUUCUAUGAGAAUUCAGGACAGUAGGGAGCUGAACAGAAGCUGCUGUUACAACGGCGGCACCUGCAUGCUGGGGCUCUUCUGUUUCUGCCCGCCCUCCUUUUCUGGCCGCAACUGUGAGCACGACCUGCGGAUCCGGCGGAGCUGUGGGUCUGUACCCCACGAUACCUGGCUGCCCAAGAGGUGUUCCAUUUGCAAAUGCUGGCAAGGCGAGAUGCACUGUGUGUCCCAGGCCUUUCUGCCGGGCUGCGGGAAGCAGGGAGGCCAUGUGACGAAUGAGCACCUCCUGGCUUCCAGGACUCCAGGAUCUUCAGCACAUGCCGCUUCCGCUUUAAUGCUCGCUGGUACCUGCCUUGCUGUGCAGUUUCUACUGACCUACGUUGGCCUUUUUUAGAAAUACAACUUUAGAUGUCAUACAGAGUGCGAUACCCUUUAAAAGUCGGCUCUGUGUGGUUUAUGGGACACCGAAAGGGUUUUGAGGGGAGCUGAUCAAAGUUAAGACAAUAAAAAUCUGCAGAAAUACUAGUUAGUCCAGCACCUACUGUGAAGUGAAACUGUUUAUCUGUUAUCCAUGCACUAAUUUCCCCAUAGCAUGAUGCUAUUAUUAUUUAUCGAAAUUAGUCUAUUACAAUCAUUCAUAGGGGUCAGAUUAGUGCUAUUAUUGUUAUUUUAACAUCAGAGAUCUUAUUAAGCUUUACAGCAUUGCCUCUGUGGUGAGGGGGGCCUUUCAGAUACCCCUAGGAAAGAACAGAAGUGGAGAGAAUGGACUUCAGAGCCCACCAUGUGACCUUGGACAAGCCACCUGUGCCCGAGGGGUGAAGGGAGAAGCAGAGUGGGUUAAUUCACUGAAGACACGAGGAUUUUAGAAACCAAGGACUCUGUAUUCAGGAUGCACGGAUGCAUGUGUCAUUGGAGGCUUACCAAGAGGUUCUAGGGUUCAGAACUCCCCACAGGUGUCCAUG